AAAAUUCAAUGUAGUGCACAAACUCGUAAAAUGUUUCUGUUGACAAACAACCGCUAAAAAACCGGGUCGUACCACGCCAUCUUUAGGAAAAUCUGAGAAAUACGAUGAAGUGGGGCAGAUUCGUCGCUUUCAACUGUUGUGUUGUGGUUUGAAAGAAACAAAAAAUAUGGACGCGAAAAUACAGCGAAAAACAAUUUUCACAUAUUCAGAAAAGCUACCGUAUUCAUUUUGUUACAAUAUUCGUCGACGGACAACGAGCAAGAACGCAAAGCGCCGCCUCCAGGCUCGCCUGCCAAGCUGUUAACGGCGAAUGGCCAUUUUGUGCGUGACAGUUCUCCCCCGCGAGUAACGAUCUCGUCGCGCGUCCCAGCGCUCUUUUCCUUUGCCUCCUUUCUUUCAUUUGAUCGCUUGAGAUAUAUCUCGACAAAUUUCUUCCUUAAAAUCUUUUAUCGUAAAUUACGUUUUAUAUACUUUUUAAUACCUGAUAUAUUUACGAAUUUGUAAACCGAUAAACAGUGUGAUUCGAAGAAGUUGUUUUGUGUGAAGGUUUCAUGCGUUUCAAGAUCGCUUGACAGUAAUCAAAUAUAAACUUGUUCAUUAUUUUGAUUCAUGUGAAUUUGUUUGAAGAAAUCAUUUUAAAUUCAUUUUUCCAUAAAAACGGAUUGAAUUAUUCUUUUCGUUUGAUCCCACGUGCUUCAUUAUUGUCCUGAGCGAUUUGUAACAUAUUAUUAGAACUGUGUGUAACAAUGCGGCAACCAUUGUUAACUAUGUGAAGAUUUCCAACUACAUACGCAUGGCUUGCAUUUCUGCGAAUUCGGUUGAUAGUGAGCUUAGUUGUGCUUAAGAAGAACUCGAAAUUGUUUGACGUCAGCAUACCGCGAUGUAAACGUGUAUUUGUGUAUCCGUCAACGGGUCACUUAUCACCGGGCGUCCACAAAUUAUAUACCGUUUUGAUGCUGCCUCCAAUUUUUUUCCCGUAAUAGAAUUAUUUUUAAUACGGAGUGUAGACCUGGUGAUUAGUGACAGAGUAGAUAAGACUGGCUAUAUAAAUUUUGAAAAACAUAAAUGGGGUUGUGCCAGUGGAGGCAGUGGGGGACCUCCCUCACUGAGGAGUUUAGGAACUCCAACCCCCAACUCCUCCAACGCCAUUUUUUAGUCCUGAAUGUCCUUUAUCUAAUACGACCAAUAUACGGGGUCAAACUACCCAAAGAUCUAAAUCGCGAGUGGAGGCAAUGUUGGAGCGUGCUCUGAUACAGCCACAACAGUGUUCCGUGGAUCCACUCUACAACGCUCAAAAUUGGGGAAUUCCUAUUUGGGCAAUUGAUAAACUUCAGGCUUGGCUUGACAAAAUCUACACAUCUAUUAAAGAUACAAAUCAUUUAAAACAAUUAAGACACUCAAAUCAACAAAGUUCAGUUAAAGAUAUAAAGGUCAGACAUUUCAAGGGUUCUUAUUUAAAAUUUGAAUCCUUUCAGAGGAAUACUAGACCUGUAUUUGUUGAAUUGCCUGUGUGGCCAACAUUGAAUUUUCACGGCGAUCCAGGAUCUUGUCCUUUCAAUACAAAGAGACGAGAAAAACUGGAAAAAUUAGAAAAAGAAAUCAAAGAAAACAGGGAAGAUAUUCAAACUAUUAACCAAGAGGAGGGAAAAGAAAUGACUCGGCGACCACGAACAACUGCCCGUACUCGAAGAACAGAACAAUUAGCUUCCGGUUAUUGUGAAAUUUGCCGUAUUAGAUAUCGAGAUCUAAACAAACAUGUACAAAGCGAUCAACAUCUUAGUUUUGUCCGAAAUGAUGAUAACUUUUUAUCUUUAGAUAAAUUGAUUAAUGCAGGAGCCAAUGUAGAAGCUUUCCUAAAACUAAACAGAGGAAAAAAUGUAGAAAAAGACUGCAAUUUAUUUUCCAAUGGAGAUCGUAAUCUUCAUGACACAGUACUGCCAGAAGGAAAAAUUAAUAGAAAUGCGAAAAGUUUAGGGGAUUUUGAUGUUGGAGAUAUAAAGAUGGUACAACGCAAUGGUACACGUAGGAAUCUCAGUUUAAAAUUAAAUUCUUCUCAUAAUUUACGUACUCGUACAAAACAUGAAAGCGGCCAUUUGUUAAGGUCAAAAGGUAGUCCUUGGCAUGAAGCUGAAAAAACAGAAAAAUUUUAUGAUGAAUUUGAAGGUUUCACUAUUAAAAAACGUGCAAAAGGAACAAUUUGGAUUGAAGAAGAUGAUCCAGAAGAUAAGUAUAUAGAAGAACAUGAAUUAAAAGAAUCUAAACAAAAUGAAUAUAAGAUUAAAACAUUUUCGGCGGAAUUGGAAGAAAAAUGUUGCGAUAAGAAAAAUUACGAUAUGUGUAAUCAUAACAAACUUAAAGAUUCUAGUAAUCAAAACUCACAAAGGACAAUAACUUGUAAUAAUGAGAAAAACAGUAUUGAAAAUAACAUAGAAUGCAUUAAACAAGAACAAACUCUUACAAAAAAUAGAAAUCAUGAUCAAAUUAAUGGAAACAUAAAAAAUCGUUGUAACGAAAAUCUUUUAAAUAUAAAUGAUAAUACUUGUAAUGAAUCUUGUAAAGUAUCGUCUAAAACCGAGACUCUAAAAGAAUUGAAUUGUAAAUUACAGGUAGAGAAUAUUUCUUCGAAUAUAAAAAAAAUUUCAGAAGAACAUAAUAAUAUUAAUGUAAACAGCAUUUAUAAUGGUCAUACUAUAAAAGAUGAACAAAAAGUUCAUAAAACAUUGAAUAGCUUAGAAAAAAAUGAAAUUUUAAAGGAAGAAAAAUCGAAAUGUUUUAAAUCAAAUAGAAGAGGCAGUAGAAGCGUCAGAGGGCGACAUAGAUUAUCCGUUGAAGAACGUUUAAUCGAAGAUAAUCGUGCAUAUUAUAAAGUGGAAGUGUUAGGAAGUAAAUUAAGAUCAAGUGUAUUAUCAAACAAUAAUUCUCAAUAUACAGUUCCAAGAGAUGGGGAUGGUGAAGAAAAGAAAGAAGUGCCAUCUAGUGAAAAGCCAGUAGUUGUACGAUUUAAACGUGUAAGAAAAUCAGAGUUAUCAUUAUUAAGUGAUGAAGCGGAAUCUUUUAUGUUUCGAGAACUUAAACGAGAUGAUUCAAGUGAAAUAAGCGAUGAUGAUGAACAGAGUAGUAUAUUACCAAGAGACACCGAAAGUGAGUGUAACGAUGCCAGCAAUUCUAUAUGUCGUAGUUCAUUUGUAAAUUCAUCUAUAAAAUCGGAAAUUGUCGAAGAUGAUUCUCAGGAUUCUGUAAAUUUGGGUCGAGCUAGAAAAAGAAGACGCACACAAGCAGAAGCAUUAAUCAAAGACAAUGUUGAUUAUUAUAAAUUCGAAAUUCCUGGAAGCAGAUUAAGGUAUCAAGCACCUUUAACUGGAAUUAAAGAUUUAUCGAUAAGCGAAAAUCAGGAAAAAAUAGAAGGGAUAAUUUCAGAGAAAAAUGCACAAACAGAAAAAAUAUAUCCGUCCAAACCCUCACCUGAAGUUGAAAAAAUGCAAUUUUCUUUUGAAGCUGUACCAAAAUCUGAACCAUGGUAUCAAACAUACCAACGACAGGAUAAAGGAGCUGAAUUUUGGCAUUAUUUUACUGAAGGAGAUUCAGAAAAGCCAUUUCUUUUACCAUAUGAAAUUGAAAAUUUUCAUGAAAUUUUGAUGAAAAAUCAAAACAGAGCUGAGAAUAAAAGAAAAAUUCGUGGAAGGAGUAUGGGAUGUAUUGGACGAUCUCCUAGAAAAAGUCCUCGUUGUCAUGCUUCUACAUUAGCUAUUAUGUCAACUAUUAUUAGAAAAAGAGAACAACAACAAUCUUCGAAUUUGCACACAAUAGAUGAAUACCAUUCUAUCAGAUCACAAAUAAAUACUCCGGGAUUGGAUCAAAAAACUGAAUUAAAAUCGGAUGUAGACGAAGAAUUAAAGGAAAUGAUAAAAAGUAUUGAUGAGAUGCUUGAUAAUGCAAACGAUAGUUUAGAAUUGGUUGAAUCAUUCGAACCAGAUAUAAUGCAAAUGGAAUUGAAUCUUUAUGAAUCAAAUAUUCCAAGAGGACCACCUUCAAAUCUACUUGAAUUAUUGGACAGUUGUCACGAAAUCGUAAAUUAUUUAGAAAAUUCAUCAUGUGCAAGCUCAGAGUGUGGUGAAGGUAGUGUCGAAUCACCUUUAAAGCGAAGAAAAAAGAGGAAAAAUAGAACGGGCUGGCCUGGAAUCAAAAUGAAGAAAAAACUCCAAAGUAAACCUUUAAUAGAUAUAAAUUGUGACAGAGAAAAUUUAACAGAGAAAAAUAUUGAACAAAGCGGGAAAGAUUGCAAUGUACAAAUCACAAAUAUAUCUAAUAGAUUAGCAGAAGAAGGUAAUAUCAAAAUAGGUACAUCUAUUAUUGUACAAGAUGAACAAUCAUUAAGUUUCGAUCAAAGAAAAGAUGACAGUCGUUUAUUUGAAAUGUAUACUUCUAAUAUUUCGUCUAAUAUACGUCACAACGAAAACGAAAAAAAAGAUGUAAGUAUAGCGGUUUCCGAUAAUUCCAUAUUACAUACAACAAAUGCUGAAUCCUGCACAGGUUCGCUUACAUCUGAUGUAUGCAACGAGACUGACAGGAAUUUCGUAUUAAACAAAGAUUAUGGAUUCAGAAAAAGUUUGUCUGAAAUCGAAGAAAUAUCGGAAAACGAUCCCGGAAAUGAUGAAAAUCAUGAAAAUAUGUUUCGAAAAGAUAUUCAUUCCAUAUCGGAACGUCGAUUUAUUUCAAAUGCAACUAUCAAAAAACGACAACGUGACAAUACAUCCUCUGAAACUUGCGAUUCGCGUGCAGAACUUGAAAAUCAUGAGAUUUUAUGUAGAAAAGAUGCCGAAACUAGAAUUGUUCCCAGGAAACAUCAUAACUCAAAUGGAUUACCGAGAAAACGACAACAGAAAGUUCAUUCUGAAAACUCUGAUUCUGAAAUUGAACAGCAUCAUCAUCAUCAUCACCAUCAUCAUCAUCACCACCAUCAUCACCACCAUCAUCAUAAUAAUGUAUAUAAAAGAAAUACAGUAAAUUCGCGAAAACGGAUUUAUGCAAAAAAGCGUGCGAGAAAAAAUAAUAUAUCUUCAAAUACAGUAUUUGAAGAUGAAAAUUGUAAAAAGGAUUCCUAUUUAAGUAUUACAUGUAAAAAGCAACAAAAUAUGAGAGGUAUAAAACGACGAGCUAAUACUAUGUCAUCGGAAACGCAAGUAUCUGAAGUCGAUUGUGCAUUAUCAGGACAUAUUAGUCCAACAAUUAUAGCAACUUCUGAACUUGAACAAAGACGUUCAAGUAUUGAAUUUCAACCAGUUGUUAGGAUGAUGAAGAUCGAUGAUCAAGUUGAAAUGGAUCACAGUAUUCUCUCGGUAACAAUUGCAAGCAACAGACGGUUACGAAGUUCCAGUUCACCGAGAUCGAAUACUCAACCGCCGAAAAAGCGUUUAAAAAACAAUCGCGGUCAGUUCGGAAGAUGGUUAAAAAGUAGCUGAAAUCCUCGAUAAGAUUUUUUGAUAGUUUAAGUUUCAAAAUCGAGAUUCACUUUUUUUUACAAUAUCUCGUUGUUGAAAUUUAAUCUAUACAUUUUAUCAAUAUGUAAAUUAUGUAUAAAGUAUUUGUGUAUGUAGAAUAGUAUUUAACACUACUGGCGCACCAUUAA